AUGCAUCUCAAGGCCCCUGAACAUCAGGUUGCAGGACACAUUGCCAAAGACGGGAAGCCUGGUCCCCUCGUCGACGACAAAGGUCGGUUCUUCAAGCCGCUCCAGGGAGAUUCUCGUGGCGAAAUAGAGGUGAAAUUCUACGAAUCUUUCUCCUCAAACACAGAGGUUCCAGAUCACAUACGUAGAUACUUCCCAGUGUAUCACGGCACUCAAGCUGUUGAAGGCUCUGAUGGAGCAACCAUGAUUGUGCUGGAGAAUCUUCUCUCCAAAUACUCUAAGCCAUCAGUGAUGGAUGUCAAGAUGGGUUCAAGAACAUGGUACCCUGAAGCAUCAGAAGAAUACAUCCAAAAAUGUCUAAGGAAAGACGCAAGGAGCACCACUGUCUCCUCUGGUUUCAGGAUCUCUGGCUUCGAGGUGUUUGACCACAGAGAACUGAGUUUCUGGAAGCCAGACAGGAAGCUUCUGAACGGGAUCAAAGUCGAUGGGGUGAGGGUGGCUCUUCGGAAGUUUGUUUCUUCCAACACACUCUCUGACACCAGCUCAAAACCUGACUCUGCUUUUGCCUCAAGCGUUUACGGAGGUUCCAACGGGAUCUUAACACAGUUGCUGGAGCUCAAGACCUGGUUUGAGAACCAGACUUUCUACCAUUUCAACUCGUGUUCGAUUCUCAUAAUCUACGAGAAUGAAGCUAUCAAUGAUAAUGGUGCUAGAGCACAAGUGAAACUGGUGGAUUUCGCUCAUGUUCAUGAUGGUAAUGGCGUCAUCGACCAUAACUUCUUGGGUGGGCUCUGUUCUUUCAUCAACUUCGUUCGUGAUAUUCUUCAGAGUGUAGAUGAGUCUACAGAAAACUGA